AUGGCUGUUGACUUGGAUAAGAUUGCUUCGCACUACCUCGCUCUACUAACUGCUCGUCGAAGCCGCGCCAUUCUUGUGCCAAUAAUUGUGAUAGCUGUCAUUUUCACGCUCAUAAGUAUUACGGAUCGUGCCUACCAGCAACCAUCAAUCAACAUUGAGAGAGCCUCAGAGACUGAAGACAUUACCGACUGGUCAAAAUUUGCUUAUAUCCAAUAUGCCACCAGCAGCGAACACCUCUGCAAUGCCGUCAUGCUGCUGCAGAGCUUGCACCACCUUAAAAGUCGCGCCGACAGAGUCUUGAUGUAUGCUGCAGAGAUGCUUCCAGACCCUAAAGACAUGGAUGGUGGUGGCUCCCAAGAAGGAGAAUUAUUGGUCAAGGUGCGAGAUGAAUACGGGGUGAAGUUGGUGCCGAUUCAAGUUCAACAUGGAGAUACUGCCGAUGACACACGGACCGACUCCUACACCAAGUUGCUGGCCUUUAACCAGACUCAGUACGAGCGUGUCAUUGCCAUCGACUCAGACACCACUCUCUUGAAACACGUGGACGAGCUGUUCCAUUUACCACCAUGUCCAAUUGCCAUGCCUCGGGCCUACUGGCUCCUCGGAAACGACACAACAAAAGAGACCUUUGCCUCGCACUUUCUCGUCAUUCAACCCGACAAAUACGAAUUCGAUCGUGUCCAGAGAGCGAUGAAACUCGCCGCCGCCGACGAAUACGACAUGGAGCUUUCAAACAAGCUAUACCACGACACGGCCGCGGUGCUUCCUCACUGGCCGUACACGAUGUUGUCGUCUGAACUCUGCGAGACAAACCAUACUCUGUAUCUCGGCCCCGAUGCGAAAGAAUGGGAUCCGGCAGUGGUGAUGAGCCAAGUUGGGACAAUUCGUUUCUCGGACUAUCCUGUGCCGAAGCCAUGCAAGUAUUGGACAGCCGACGAUGGUCAAAACUUUAUAAGAAUGGAACCAAAGUGUGAGAUGAAGAGAAGGAAGCAUAAGAAUAAAGAGGGUGGCCAUGACAAGGAGGAGGAUUGCUCGGGCAGGGACGCAUGGAGGGAGCUGUAUGCCGAUUUCAAAGCGCGAAAGGCUGUAAGUCAUCAACUCUCCUCUAAUUCUUUUCGAUGCGUGAUAUUAUGA